AUGGCCCUCUUCGGUUCUUCCUCCGCCUCCGCCGAGGCCUCCUCCCCCUCCACCAGCCAGGAGAUCAAGGCCUCGCUCAUCCGUCAGGUCCAGGAAGAGGCCGCCAUGAGCAAUGCCCGGAGCCUGAUCGGCAAGGUCAACGAGCACUGCUUCGACGCCUGCGUCCCCACGCCCGGCUCCUCCCUUACGGCCAAGGAGUCCACCUGCCUGUCGCAAUGCAUGGAGAAGUACAUCGGCUUCUGGAACGCCAGCAGCCGCGCCUACAUCGCCCGUGUCUCCAAGGAAUCCAAGAGCCUGGGCGGCGCCGACCUGUCCGGUGUUUCUCUGUGA